AUGCUAAUCACCGUACAGACGUUGCAGAACGAUACGUUUGUAAUUGAAAUAAAUCCUGAGGAGACGAUAUUUCAAUUAAAGGAGAGAAUCUAUAUUGAAAGAGGGACAGAAUACAAUGUUGAAAAUCAAAAACUGAUAUAUUCUGGUGUAAUACUCAGUAACGAGCGCAGUAUUAAUUCAUACAAUAUAGACGAAAGCAAGUUCAUCGUGAUAAUACUUAACGGUAGUUUUGAAAACUAUUUUCAGAAACCUGAUGGAGGAUGUUUUCCCUCAUCCGUUGUAUCAUCGGUUUCCACUACUCAAAAGGCGGACGAAUGUAACAAAUUACCAGACCGUAUAACAACAGCGGAUUCAUUCAAAGAAGUAUCAGUGCCGCAGGCCACACAAACUGAAAUUAAAGCGAUAUCAUUAAAUAAUGGCAAUGAUGACUCUGUUGGGGAAAGUCAAUCUGUGGGUAGUACUGACAACAUUAAUGGAGCAGCUGCUUUGGAAUUCACUGAAAGCAAUACAAGCAUAUUGUCUAGUGGGUCAGGGGUUUUGUUUUUUUCCAGAAGCGGUAAUGAAUCUGGGGGCUCUGAAACUAGUCAUAGCACUUAUUCUAGUGGUGAUCUUGCUGGAGUGUUUUCUAAUACUUCAAUACAAUCAAGAGCUGAAAUAAAUGUACCCUUGGACUCAGAAUACGAACAUACAAUUGAGUCUAUAAUGGAAAUGGGCUUUAGCCGUGAAAAUGUUGAAAAAGCAAUGUCAGUCAGUUUUAACAAUCCAGAAAGGGCCGUAGAAUACUUAAUUAGCGGUACAACUGAAACAUCGGAUAGUUUCAGUACAACUACCACAGUUGCACGAGAUAGCGUAAAGCUUAAAUAUAAUAUUGAUGCAAAUAAUGAUGGCGAAAACUGCAACAACGCUAGAGAGUCCGCUCGUAUUGGCGAUGAUGAAAGCAGUCAGGUGUCAUCAAUCCGCUUUAAUAGCAUUAGCAAAAUAUACCAUUGUCAAGAGAGUGGUUGUUGUGGUGGGCACCGCACGGGGGAAAGUGACGUCGGUAACUUAAAGGAUUAUAAAACUCAGCCCCAAGAUGACAAGGAAUCGAUGAAAGAAAAUUCUAAGGAACUUGAUGAAAAUAUGCCAAAAGAAGUCCAGUCUUACAACCUUGUCAGUGGAGAUACUCAAAAUAAUGGAUUAGGGAGUGUUUUGGCUUCUGUCGGAAGUAAUACUAGUAUGUCCUCAAGUGGAUCCGGCGUAUUUCCUCUUUCCGGCAGAAGUACUAGAUCUGAAGGUUCUGAAAACAGCCACAGCACAUUUUCAAGUGGUGACCUCGCAGGUGUGUUCUCUAAUACUUCAAUGAAAUCAAGAUCCGAAUCAAAUUUGGCAGUGAGUGAAGAAUAUAAUCGUACUAUUGAAUCAAUGAUAGAAAUGGGUUUUAGUCGUGAAACCGUUGAACACGCUAUGACUGCUUGUUUCAAUAAUACGGAGAGAGCAAUAGAAUUUUUAAUAAGUGGAUUGUCAGAUACUUCAGAGAUAUUUAAUAGCAAUACAACUAAUGAAGCAGAUAAUGGCUCCAAUAUUGUGGAAAGUAAUAGUAAUAGGGUGUAUGACGAAGAGAGAGAUCGUUUGUCAAAUUCCAUUGCUGAAAUUGGCUUAAAUUUCAGUUACAGAGUUGAAGAGUAUGACGACGAUCAGCGGCCUUUAGAAAACAAUCGCACGGCAUUACGAUAUGUUACAGGUGAAUAUCCAUUUGAAAUAUUUCGCAAUCAACCGCAGUUCUUACUAAUGCGUUCGUUGAUGUAUCACAAUCCGGACGCUUUACAUGGAGUACUCCAGCAAAUUGGGCAAACUAAUCCAGCGCUUCUACAACUUAUAUCGGAAAACCAAGAUGCUUUCCUAAGGAUGUUAAGUCAAACUUUGGAGGGACGUGCUGAUAUAAACCGGCAACAUCCUCGUCGGAUGACAGCGGGGCGACGUGCACAGCUUGCUGCUGCAGUUCGCGCUGCAGCUGGCGGAGAUGGAUUGCAUGUACGUUCUACUGAUAUAGACCCUGGUGCAGGCGGUGACGGACUUCUUACACACCAGCGACCUGGAGAAAGUGGUGAUGCAGGGGCGGAUACAGUACCACAUGUCUUUUCAUCUGCACAACCAGAUAGAGCGGCAGAACGUCGAGCAGCCGCUGCUGAUGCGUUCUUACGUGAAAGAGCUGCAGCUGCAGUUGCAGUAGCGACUUUAACUGCAGAUACCUCUGAUACAAUUCAUAAUGAAAUUUAUGAAGAUGGAGGUGCUACAAGCACAAUAGAUAACGAUAAUUUAUCUGCUACUAGCCGUCCACAAGGACAUAGAAAUAUGAAAUUUCUACUCACAACACAAGACGAGGAAGCAAUUAAUCGCCUUAAAUCACUUGGUUUUUCAGAAUCCCUGGCAUUGCAAGCAUAUUUUGCUUGCGAAAAAAACGAGCAAUUAGCGGCGAACUUUUUACUAUCUUCAGCGUUAAGUGAUUAG